AGCCGACAGUUGUUGUGCUGCUCGGACGGACCUCCCUCUUUCUGCCUGCCGGCUCCGGUAGGCUGUCCGCGCGUCCGCCCGGAGAAACACCAGCCUGCCUGCGACGAGGGCGGAGCUGGCCUGGCUGUCACAAAGAUAUGUUUCAUUUCAAAAACUAGCCACCACGCUAACUGCUGUCUGAACCCACACGGCUUCGUUUUUUUCUUUAACCACGACGAAGAAGCGCCUGUUUGAGCGGACUCGAGGAGCAGCAGGAUGCCGGUGAAAGGCGGAGGAAGACUGGCCUCUUACCCGAGCAAGAGCGAAAAUGUCGGAAGCUCAGGGAUGGAGGAGAUGGUGUGGGAGCAGUACACAGUCACUCUGCAGCGGGACUCAAAGAUGGGUUUCGGCAUCGCUGUGUCAGGUGGGCGUGACAACCCCAACGUGGACAACGGUGAGACGUCAAUCAUCGUGUCAGACGUGCUGCAAGGAGGACCAGCAGAUGGUUUACUCUUUGAGAAUGAUCGAGUCAUUCAGGUCAACAACAUCCCCAUGGACAACGUGCCUCAUUCCUUUGCUGUGCAGUCCCUCCGUAAAUGUGGAAAAGUAGCUAAGAUAACGGUGAAGAGACCUCGUAAGGUGGUCCACUCCAUGAAGCAGCCCCCUUCCCCAGGCGCAGACAGUCGGGACUACGCCCCCUCCACCCAUUACUAUGACGCUGACAACGACAACGGCUGGUACCGUGAUGAAGGCCGGGACCACACCAUGGACAGCAAAGCAUACCUGGACCCCGACUACAGGGGAGGGCGGGACUCCAACCAGAGAGGGAGGAGCCGCGGGAGGAGCCAGGAGAGAACCUCGCCCAGCCCGGACAGGUCCAGGAGAGAUGGCAGCCGGGGACGAGCCCUGGACACCAGCGCCGAGCGCCAGAGGUAUCACAGCCGAGGCCGCAGCCCCGGGGACAGCUACCGCAUGGAGGACAAGUAUGAGCGAGGAGAAGGAGGAGGAGGAAGAGGAGGGAGGUAUAGGAGCAGGGACCGGCUUAAUGACAACCCUCCAACCCCAGAACCUUCCAGAGAGCCACUGGAGAAACCUGUCAACGUCCUGCUGGUGAAGAACAGACCCAGCGAAGAGUAUGGUCUCCGUCUGGGGAGUCAGAUCUUCAUCAAACAGAUGACCAGCACAGGCCUGGCUGCCAAGGACGGGAACCUGCAGGAGGGAGACAUCAUUCUCAAGAUCAAUGGCACAGUGACGGAGAACCUUUCUCUGCAUGAUGCUGGGAAGCUGAUAGAGAAGUCGAGAGGGAAGCUGCAACUGGUGGUCCAGAGAGACCACCGUCAGAUCCUCGUCCGCAUCCCGCCCCUCGCAGACUCUGACUCCGAUAAUGACGACAUAUCAGAGAUGGAGUCAUACCAUUCCUAUUCUCCCCCAGAGGAGAGGAGGUCCCGCCAGUCUGACCUGUCCUCCCACUCUUCCAAUGAAAGAGAGAACCCAAGGGAAGAGCCAAUGAGGACAGCCAAGAUGUCAGCCAUGGCCUCCCCAUUCAGAGUACCUGAAGACCCCCAGGCCCCAGCUGAGCUGAACAAAGACACACCACACAUUGAGGAGCCUCCAGCUGCUGUUACAACCACACCCAAAAUUCUCCUCAGACCAAGUCCAGAAGACGAGAAAAUAUACGGGCCCAACACAGUGAUGGUGAACUUCCAGAAGGGAGACAGUGUUGGGCUGAGGCUGGCAGGAGGGAAUGAUGUAGGCAUCUUCAUUGCUAGUGUUCAAGAGGGCAGUCCUGCUGAGGAAGAGGGCCUGCGCAUCGGAGAUCAAAUCCUAAAGGUGAACAAUGUGGAUUUUCAAGGAGUAGUGAGAGAGGAAGCAGUGCUCUUCCUGUUGGAGAUUCCUAAAGGUGAAGUGGUCACCAUCUUGGCACAGAGCAAACCUGACGUCUAUAACGAUAUCCUGGUGUCGGGGCGCGGAGACUCCUUCUUCAUCCGGACCCACUUUGAGUAUGAGAAAGAGACUCCUCAGAGCCUGGCCUUCAGCCGUGGGGACAUCUUCAAAGUGGUGGACACUCUCUAUGACGGCAAGCUUGGCAACUGGCUGGCGGUUCGUGUUGGCAAGGACAAGCAGCUGUUGGAGAAGGGCAUCAUCCCCAACAAGAGCAGAGCGGAGCAGAUGGCCAGUGUCCAGAGCUCUCAUAAAGCUGUCGCGGGCGAUCGAGCGGACUUCUGGCGGUUGCGAGGCCAACGUUCUUUGAAGAGGAAAGACCUGAGAAAGAGCAGAGAAAACCUGAGUGGCCAGACCCUCGCCACCCGCUUCCCGGCGUACGAACGAGUGGUGCUCCGAGAAGCUGGUUUCCGGCGUCCUGUCGUGCUCUUCGGACCCAUCGCUGACGCUGCCAAUGAGAAACUUGCUUCUGAGAUGCCCGACCUGUUUGUUAUUGCCAAAACCGAGCCAAAAGACGCCGGCUCUGAGAAAUCCUCAGGAGUGGUUCGCCUCAACACCAUACGACAAAUCAUAGAGCAGGACAAACACGCCCUGCUGGAUGUGACUCCCAAAGCAGUGGACACCCUGAACUACACCCAGUGGUACCCCAUUGUUAUCUUCUUCAACCCGGACAGCAAGCACGGCAUCAAGGCCAUGAGGCAGAGGUCCGUCCCCAACUCCAACCGCAGCGCCCGCAAACUCUACGAACAGGCCGUCAAACUGAGGAAGACCUGCUCUCACUUAUUCACUGCCACCAUUGAUCUGAACUCAGCCAACGAUGCCUGGUACGGCAGCGUCAAAGAGUCUAUCAGAGAGCAGCAGAUGCAGGCUGUCUGGGUUUCUGACGGCAAGCUGGAGGGAGUAGAGAGUGAUCUGGACUGCCAGGAUGUGGAGCGCCUGUCCUUCCUGUCCGCCAUGUCGGCCGACUACCUCAGCAUGGACAGCCGGCUGACCUCCGACCUCGAUGACACCGCCGACGAGGGCGGAACUUACACCGACAACGAGCCUGAUGUGGAGAUUAUGCACAUCUCCGCCAUCAGCCGCUCCUCGGAGCCUGUCACAGCUGAGGAGAUCUUGCGCCGGUACAGUCCAGACAUCAGGAGUCGCAUGAGGAAAAUGAGCAGCCGUGAGGUCCUCAACAGGUCCAGCCCUCCACCUGUCUUCCUAACAGACAGCAAGCUCUUCACCUUCAAUGAAAGAAACAAACUGCCCUUCCCUUUGAGGAACGGCCUGAUCCGGAGAAACCUCUCUCGCUGCAGCUCAGAGUCCUCCACCAUCAGCUCACUGGACCAGAUGGGAACCCAGAGCCCCCCCCACUUAUUGGUGAAACUGUCAUUGAGGGACGAUCCGGUCCUCUUAUCAGGCUCCACCAACCCACACCAUCACCACCGUCAACACCACCCUCCACCCCCGAGCUCCAGCCGAAGUUAUGACUCUCCGUCCAGCAGCAGCCCCGCCAGCAGCAACAAUGACCCGCCACCACCUAUCUCCCGCUCAGCUCCCUCCUCCGGCCCGCUGCCCCUGCCUCCGGCUCACCACUACAACUCCUGCAACAAACUGUGGCCCUUGGGAGUCCCCCAACCCCCCAACACGCCUAAGCCCAGCAGUUGUGGGAGCACGGCGGAGGCCACUGUUCACCCACCGGGGGCUCUGCCAAGUGUGAUGGUGUCGGCCUGUAGACAGCAGCAGCAGGAGGAGACAGCACAGGACAGCCCUGUGGAGGAUCCGUCCCUCAAGUCCUUUCUGGGGAAGAUCAAGGCCUUUGAGAAGAUGGAUCACUUCGCCCGAGCCCAAAGGAUACUGGAGCUGCAGGAGGCACAGAAUGCCAGGUUGGAAAUAGCCCAGAAGCAUCCGGACAUUUACGCUGUCCCUCUGAAGACAGCCAAGCUGGAUCACAGUCGCCCGCAGCCUAUCGGCUCCAGCUCCCGUCCUGAACCCCAGACUGCUCCAUCCUCCAAGGAGGGACGUCCCUUCUACCCCAGCGAAGAGGAGGCAGGGGAGGAGGCAGUGCCAGGAUACUACACCGCCACCUCCUACCAGUACCAGGACACCCAACUGUAGGGUCAGCACACAGCAGCUGUAUCAGCCCUCAGCCUCCUGGACAUACAUGUACACAUGCACUGCAUAUGCAGUCUAUUUACACACAUACCAUUCCAUCAUGCCCUGCACAAGUAAGCUGCUGACUUUGAACUGACUCUUGCUUCUUUGAUACUAAGAAGAAGAAAAAACUUUUCUUUUUUUUGCUUCAUGGAAGUUAAAGCUAUUUGUUCUAUCCAUUUGGAUAGGAACACACACCGUCUUUACUUUUUAUGUUGUAUUUGAUUGUUUCUUUCUUACGUACCACUUUUACUGGUCAAAACUGAUUCGGAACCACUUCUUUUCUUGCCUAUGCAACUCUUCAGUUUGUGCACAGCAACUGAAACCUAUUGCCACGAGUUUUGCCCUCACAAAAACCUCAACAAACCUAAAAACCACAAUGCGCUUUAUCACAUCUAUCCCCUUCUUUUUUAAGCUCCUAUUAUUGCCAGCUAUGAUCAACAAAGGUUACGUAUAUAUUAUUACAUACAACAUAUAUAUGUAUAUACGUAUAUAUAUGCAUAUAUACAUAUAUGUAUAUAUGUACGUAUGUAUUUAAAGUAAAGUGUUUAUACUCUGUCUUUGCAUUCCUUCGUAUAUGACAAUGCCUGUGUAUACAUACAGUAUAUAUCUAUAUAUAUACAUAUAUAUAUAUUCUAUCUAGUAACACUGGAAUUUGUUACAAUUUUUUGAAGUGCCUUUUACUUUCUUAGAUCCAUGAGGUUCGGGUUGUCUUUCCUCCGCCCCUCAGCCACCCAGCCGUACUAAAACCUCUGCUGCUGUCAAGCUUAAAGGGAAACCAGGGAAACAGUGACACCAAAAUCUCAAUGCUGUCCCACACACACUGUACUGUCUGCUGUCACCUCCAGUGACGAAACACACCCACAAACAUACCGUGCACUACAUGCAGCCAGUCCUAUCUGCCAUGGAAGAAAGAACAAACACUGUCUGAUCUCUAGAAUCCAACCAAGACUAUCAGUCUAACACCAGUUUGAAAUUAGAGCUGGUCAAAGUUGUAAUCUGUAAAGGCCCAGUCACCUCAGCAUUAAAGCAGCCAAAUUUGAUGGCAAAGACAAUUAAUUUCAAUGGAAUUUGCAAAAUUGGCAGACUAGUAUGCAGGGAUGAAGUUGCCUAAACCUACACACAAGUUUAAUUUUGAACUUAAUAAACGAUUGCCAUUGCGACUGUGUUAGAGAAAUCUUUUAGCGCUGAUUGUCUGUUUUCAUUUAGGUGCAAUGCAAUCUUGCAGAUGCCACAAGGAGCACUAGGAGCAGGCAGAGGAACACAAUUUUUUUUUUAGUUACCGACAAAAACUUUAACCAUUUGUAAUGGUGAAUGGAGAAUCAGAAGAUCCAAAGCAAAAUGAGUUAACAUUAGCUUUUUAGCUGUUUUACAUUUUAAUAUACCCUCCUCUAACAGAGUAAAUUGCUCCACUAAAGCGGUACAGAUUUUAUAUACUUAUGAGACUGAAGUCUGAAGAACAGGUAUGUCUCUUAACUGUAAAACUACUGUCCUAUUAGUAACCAAUCAACUUACAAAACUGAGCUAGUUAGCCAUUUAGCUAGCUUGGGAGAGCAAGCAUGACUGUGUGCCACUAUCGUGUAAGCUUGGGCAGUAUCACAAUAUUACAGUUUACCAGGGUAUUUAGAAAUCCAGAAGGUAUGUUUUUCAAUACGGGCAUAA